AUGCUGGAGCCAGACAGAAGUGGAAAGCCUGUGGAUGCGGAUGAAAUUCAUGACACGCCCCAUGCAGAAGAUGUGAGAAAUGUUGUGGAAGAUUCCGCCAGUGUUGAACCUGCUUUGGCUCCUCCUCCUCCUCCCUCCGCCGAAGAAAAUCCAUUGGAGGCGUCCAUCUCGGCUAGCUGCGCCCGAGCCAAGGUCGGUUACUUCGCCAUAUAUGCUGGGCUUUCGGCUUCUCCGUACUAUGGUCUUUUGCUUGAGCACAGGGGUUUUACGCCUUUGGCUGUUGGGGUACUUAUUGCUUUUAUGCCAUUUAGCGUCAUCAUUUUGCUUUCCCCCUUGUCGUAUCUGGCAGACCGAUAUCAAUGUGCAAUGUCAAUUCAUCUGUGCGCUUCAACAGUUUCUGCGUUGCUUUUGUUGUUUGUCAUACCCUCAACUUCACAUUUUCUUAUUGCUGGUCUCAUGAUGCUACACUUUGCUUUCCGUGUGCCUGUGGGACCAUUUAUGGACCAACGGACCAUGUCUAUUCUACCUCCGGAUAGAAAAACAGAAUGGGGAAAGAUGCGUUCCUACGGGGCAUAUGGCUGGGCGUUUGGUGCUCUAACGAUUUCCGCACUUAUCAGUCGGAGUGAUUGGUGGGGGCUUGCCGUCAUAUAUUGUCUGGGUAUGGCUACCGCAAUGUACAUUGGCUUCACCAUUGUCCCACAUGAUGAGACGGAACGUUUCCAAAGGAAAUUUGUUGAUGUCCUACGUCACGUUUUGUCACACAGGCGGUUAUUGGUUUUUCUUACCGCUCUUUGUUUUAUGGGCAUGGGGUAUGCUAUUAUCAACACAUUUUUGUUUAUUUUUCUCUAUUCUAUUGAUGCUCCAACGAUACUGCUUGGUUUAUCAGUUAUUAUGACAGUUGUUGUUGAGAUACCACUGUUUCGGUCCUCCAAGCACGUCCAUGAGUAUUUCACGGAUCGGCAACUACUAUGUAUGUCAAUAUUUGCAUGGGCAGUCCGAGUAACUGGAUACUCUUUCUUGUACAAUCCUUGGUUUGUGCUAUGCCUAGAGCCAUUGCAUGGAUUGACUUUUGGCUUUAUGUGGUUGUCUGGCAUGCACUUUGUGCGGCGAGCUUUUCCAAAAUCACUUUCUCACUCCUCCAUUGGAUUUCUUAGUGCUACCGCGUUUGGCGUGGGACCACUCGUUGGUAACAUUGUCGGUGGCUCACUCUAUCAGUACUUGGGUGCACGUGGGAUGUUUCGUUUCAUGGCAUUGUGUAUGCUUUGCAUUAGCGUUGUGUUUCUGCUGCUUGACAGACAAUUGGAGCACCUCGGGUACAGUGUAGAGGUAGAAGAGGAGGGGGAAAUGAAGGCAAAAGAUGUCGUGGUGGAAACUUCUCUCUCCACAGCAACAGCAGCGGCGGCGGCGGAAGUUGACGGGGAGACAAGGGAAUGA